AUGGGACAGACUGUGACAACCCCUCUGAGUUUAACUCUAGAUCAUUGGACUGAAGUGAAGAGAAGAGGUCGUGAUCUGUCACUAGAGGUUAAAAAAGGCCCAUGGCAGACUUUCUGCUCCUCGGAGUGGCCUACUUUUAACGUCGGCUGGCCCUCAGGAGGAACCUUUGACUUAUCUCUUAUUUUUGCUAUUAAAGAGAUUGUUUUUCAGAGAGGACCGGGAGCCCAUCCGGAUCAACAACCUUACAUCAUAGUCUGGCAGGACCUGGUGCAGAAUCCACCCCCCUGGGUUUGGCCGUGGACUGCCACAUCCAGGCCCCCGUCUAAUCCUCGGGUGCUUGCUGUCCAAUCUUCCGGUUCCAGAAAAAGGGGCGAUAGCUCGGACCCCCCUAAGAAGAUCUACCUGGAAAUUCAGACUGAUCAUCUUCUCCUCGACCCUCCGCCCCCUCCUCCCCCAUACCCUCCCGCCUUGGCUCCUGUCACGGGGCAGGGAGGACCAGCAUCGCCGGAUCUGGUGAUUGCCCCCUCUGCACCUCCAGGGGAACCUUCACUGGGGCCCGCACAAGGUACCAGGAGUCACCGGGGGGGAGGAAUGUCUCCCGACACUACUGUUGCCCUGCCCCUGAGGGCAUACGGCCCCCCGCCGGUGGCAACAGAUGAGGGACCACCUCCUCUCCAGCCCCUCCAGUACUGGCCAUUUUCUUCCGCAGACCUGUAUAACUGGAAAACUAAUCACCCCCCUUUUUCAGAAGACCCCCAACGCCUGACUGGGCUGCUAGAGUCCCUGAUGUUCUCUCAUCAGCCCACAUGGGAUGACUGCCAGCAGCUCAUACAGACUCUCUUCACUACUGAAGAGAGGGAGAGGAUUUUACUAGAAGCUAGGAAGAAUGUACUCAGGGUGGACGGGCGUCCUACCCAGCUCCCCAACAUCAUCGAGGCUGCCUUUCCCCUCUCCAGACCUGACUGGGACUUCAACACGGCAGAAGGUAGGGAGCGACUGACAGUCUAUCGCCAGGCUCUAGUGGCUGGCCUCCGUGGGGCGGCAAGACGCCCCACUAAUUUGGCUAAGGUAAGAGAAGUAAUACAGGGGGCCACGGAACCCCCCUCCAUGUUUCUUGAGCGUCUAAUGGAAGCUUUUAGGCGCUACACCCCAUUUGACCCUGCCUCUGAAGGACAGAGGGCUUCCGUGGCUAUGACUUUCAUAGGGCAGUCAGCUGUAGACAUUAAAAGAAAGCUGCAGAGAAUUGAAGGAUUGCAGGACUAUACCUUGCAGGAUUUAGUUAAGGAAGCUGAGAAAGUAUACCAUAAAAGAGAAACUGAGGAAGAAAAAGAGCAGAGAAAGGAGAAAGAGAGAGAGGAAAGGGAAAAUAAGAGAGACCGAAGACAGGAGAAAAACUUAACACGGAUUUUGGCCGCAGUAGUAGGGGAGAAGAGCCAAGAACAGACCCAAGAUAGAACUAAGAAGUCAGGUAGCCUGGGCAACCAUGUCCUGUUAGAUAAGGAUCAAUGUGCCUACUGUAAGGAGAAGGGGCACUGGGCCAGGGAAUGUCCUAAAAAAAGGAAGAAAGUACUGGCCUUAGAGGAAGAAGAUUAGCGGGGACGGGGCUCGGAACCCCUCCCCGAGCCUAGGGUAAUACUUAAGGUGGAGGGGAAGCCAGUUGAGUUCCUGGUAGACACCGGAGCUCAACACUCAGUCCUACUCGAACCAUCAGGACCCGUCUCCAAGAAAAAAUCUUGGGUUGUAGGGGCCACAGGGCAUCAGCAGUACUCAUGGACUACCUGAAGAUCAGUAGAUCUGGGAGUGGGACGGGUAACCCACUCGUUCUUAAUUAUCCCUGAGUGCCCUGCACCCCUCCUUGGGAGAGAUUUACUCACCAAAAUGGAAGCCCAGAUCACCUUCACUCCUGAUGGCCCAGAGGUAAAGCAGAAUAAGAGGGUAACAGCCCUGACCAUGCGUUUGGAGGAUGAACAUAGACUCUUUGAAAAGCAACGGGAGAAAGGGACUAGUCUCAUACAUGACUGGCUAGAAAAAUAUCCCGGGGCAUGGGCUGAAACUGCCGGAAUGGGACUGGCUGCAGAAAGGCUGCCUAUAGUCAUAGAACUCAAAGCUACUUCCACUCCUGUGGCAGUGCGCCAGUAUCCUAUGACUAGGGAAGCUCGGGAAGGGAUUAGGCCUCACAUUCAGCAUCUCCUACAGCUGGGCAUA